CAGCAGCGAGUGAGUAGUGUUCGCUUGUGUGGUGAGGUUGCGUGCGAAAAAAAUAGUACGAAAAAGUAUUUUUCCAUCCGUGAUAGAAGAAUAGCAUGCGGUGCUAAAAAUUGCGACGCGAGACGGCAAAGUUUCGCUUACGGGAAAACUAGUGAAUUACUGUGCGGUGAAAAAAGCGAAAAAGCUAAUUUUGGUGAAGUGCAGAUUAGUAAUAGCACGUUCUCUGUGUGAAAUUGUGUUUUUGUGAAGUGCCGAGGAAGAAAAAAAAGUUUCCAGCUCAAUCCGUGCAUUACGUUGUUGGUGCGGACGGAACCGAACGAAACAGAUUGCGUUCGUGUGCGAACGAGACAGCAGAGGCGCAAAAGUUUAAUAAAAAUAACAUUCUCGAAGCCGGAGCGGGACAAAAUUUUCUUCCUGAAAAUAUUUAAAACCAAACUCAUUUGGGAAAAAUCUUCCGAGAUUCAUCCGGUCCAGCCAGUGAAAUCUCCGGCUCCCGCGUUUCCAGGAAAUUUCCACUCACCAUUAUUUCGCGCUGACUGAAAGAUGUCGCUGUGGGCACGCGUCAGUCAGCUGCCACAGCCAGUUCUCGAGCAGCUUCGGUACAUCUACGGGGAAAACUUUCCGAUUGAGGUGCGUCAUUACCUCGCCGAAUGGAUCGAAAACCGGCUUCUAAAUGUUCCCAACUAUCAGCCCGACCAGGAGAGCAUCUGCGAACAGGACGCGGCAAGUUUCCUCAAUGAGCUAAUCAACGAACUGGAACGGACCGCCAUCAAUCUGCCCGAGCACGAUAGCAUGACCAUUCGCAUCCGGCUGAAUGAUUCGGCUCGCAAUCUGCGGCAGCACUUUUCGCACAACCCGGCCCAGUUGUAUCUGCAUUUGUACAAUUGUUUGCAGCGUGAGCGGCAAUGUAUAGCCUACCCGGAGGAGUGCGUCAACGUGCAGGACCCGGAGAUUAUCGAGGUCAUUAAUGGGCUGCACGAGCUGCAGCGAAUGGUGCUGGAAAACGGUAAUGAAAACCGCAACAUGGUCCGAGAUUACGAACAUCUCCUGCUGGAGAUUCAUGAAAUUACCAAAAACAAAGCUCAACUGGAAGCGAUCGAAAGUCCACAGCUGCGAGAGCACACGCGGACCGCCCUUGCGCAGCAAGAGCUAAAAGUCAACGACACAGUCAACCACAUAACCGGUAAGCGGCUCAAUCUGGUCACAAAAUUCCGCCGGACCAUCCAGCUUACGUCGCAGGUGCAGGACAAAGUCCUGCACAAGUACCUAACGCAGUGGAAAAUCAAUCAGGGUUUCGCUGGAAACGGCGCUUCCGGUAUGAGCGCCAGUAAUCUGGACACCAUCCAGGCGUGGUGCGAAAGCCUAGCGGAAAUCAUCUGGAACACCAAGGACCAAAUCCGGCUGGCGAUGAAGAACAAAUCGAAGCUCAACAUCGAGGAAACCAAUCUGCCCGACUACCUGCCGCAGCAUCUGGUCGAUGUGACCAACCUGCUGAAGACGCUGAUCACGACCACGUUCAUAAUCGAGAAGCAACCGCCGCAGGUGAUGAAAACGAACACCCGCUUCGCGGCCACCGUGCGGCUCCUGAUCGGCAACACGCUCAACAUCCGGAUGAGCAAUCCGGUGGUGCGUGUUUCAAUCAUUUCAGAGGCCCAAGCCCAGGCGACGCAACAGUCCAACAAGGCGUCCGAGCAAUCGUGCGGCGAAAUUAUGAACAAUACAGGAAAUCUAGAGUACAACGAAACCACUAAGCAGUUAUCGGUUAGUUUUAGAAAUAUGCAACUUAAGAAAAUCAAACGGGCAGAGAAAAAAGGCACGGAAAGUGUGAUGGACGAGAAGUUUGCCCUCCUAUUCCAGUCCAGCUUCGCCGUGGGCCAUGGCGAUUUAGUCUUCUCGGUUUGGACGAUCUCACUGCCGGUGGUCGUAAUCGUGCACGGCAAUCAGGAACCGCAAUCGUGGGCUACCAUCACGUGGGAUAACGCCUUUGCCGACAUCAAUCGGGUGCCGUUCCAUGUGCCGGAUAAAGUUUCCUGGAAUCUGCUAGCCGAGGCGCUGAACACCAAGUUCCGCGCGUCGACCGGUCGGUCGAUGACGCCGGAGAAUAUGCAUUUCCUGUGCGAGAAAGCGUUCCGCGCUAGCCUGCAGUAUCCGGUGUCGAACGAUCUGACCAUCACGUGGUCACAGUUCUGCAAGGAACCCCUGCCCGAUCGAACGUUUACCUUCUGGGAGUGGUUCUACGCUGCGAUGAAGGUUACGCGGGAGCACCUGCGGGGCCCGUGGAACGACGGCAGCAUAGUCGGUUUCAUUCACAAGUCGAAGGCGGAGGACUACCUGCUGAAGUGUCCCCGUGGUACGUUUCUGUUGCGGUUUUCCGACAGUGAGUUGGGUGGCAUUACAAUAGCUUGGGUCAACGAAACGAACGAAGGUCAGCCGCAGAUUCUGCACAUUCAGCCAUUUACGGCGAAAGAUUUCGCCACCCGGUCGCUGUCGGAUCGGAUUCGCGACUUCGAAGACCUGUUCUAUCUGUACCCGAACAAGCCGAAGAACGAAGCCUUCGAUCGGUACACGACACCGCCCGGGCAGCCGCGUAACCGCAACUACAUCCCCUCGGAGGUGCGUGCCGUGCUGAUGCCCAGCCCGAACAAUAACAAUCCGAUCAGCUACCCGAAUACGCCCAACUCGUACAACCACCUGCAGUCGCCGGAUACGUCCCGGGAUACACCGAACAGCGGUUUCAAUUUGGAAACCGAGCAGGUGGUGAACCAUCUGCCCUACCAACCGUUGGCCGAUCUGGAGCUGGAAAACAUCGACAUGUUUGCGUCGUCGUACACUUAGAAGUUAGGAGGAACCGACGCAAACUUAAGAAAAAAACAGUAAAAAAGACGGCCCCAAUCGUGGUGGUGGUGGUGAUGGUGUCGUCACCAUCACCUCCCGCCAUCUACCUGCAAUCACUGGAACGAACAAUCAAAAUUUGCUGCGCUGUUUUUGCACUACGUUUUACGUCAUCUUUUUUUUCGGCUUGAAGAAGCCUAGCCCGUAAGUAAGUGUACUUGUUUUAAGUUUCCGUGACCGUGAAGAGAAUAAUGUUGGGUGUGUUUCUGGUGGAACCUCGAAUGCGAAUGCAUGCGGAUGCGAAUGCGAAUGUUACACACACUCCUACACGUCUAAGCUAGCUAGCUGUUCAGUUUUUAAUUUAAGUGACUUUUUGUUAGAUGAGGGAAAACGAAACAGCUGAGAAUUUUCGCUGACGCGUUUAAAGUGAUGAUUAAUGUUAGUUGAUUGAUUACGUCCUUUUUCUUUGUAGAGUUUUAGCUUUAGUUCAGCAAAAAUCAAAAUUUAUGUUUAAGAUAACGCUUGAAACUCCCUUCUCCCGAUAAGUUAGCAUGCGUGUUGUUGUAUCUUAACAUUGUAUUACAUGCAUAAACACAGAUGCAGAAAACAGGUCAGCAGUUAGUUUCAUAGUCAGACGAGAGUAGAAAGGAUAAUAUACAUUUAUUUUUUUUCUUUUAUGGUAAUACAGAUACGAUCAGUUUAAAAUUGUGAAUAUUUUUCUUUCUCAUUGUGAUAAAUUUAAUGGCGGGAUCGAACAAAAAUUUACUAAAGUGGUCUACUAAACAAUAAAUACUAAAAAAAAGCUGAAGUAACUAACAGUGUUUUGCAAGUGCAAAAAGUGAAAAACAAAAGCGACAACGGUUUCGAAACUGGUUACAAGUGUAGAUUAAACAAAACAAAAAUUGAUGUUUAAAAACCGAUUAACAGGGACAUAUUCUCAUACAACGAAAUACACAUUUGAAUGGUUGGAGAUAAAUAAAAUCGCUAGAAAAAGAAGGUGUCAACUUUGAAAUUUUUGUAAAUUGAUGUGAAUCUAAGAAAAAAAAAACGAUGUAAUUUUCAGCUACUGAAAAUGGUGCAAUGUAUAUUUACUCAGAUGAAAGCAUUUUGAUUUUUCUAAAAAAAUGUUGAAGAAAAAAAUUCAGCACUUUGUCUUUCCGUCGUUAAUGUCUGUGCUCUGUGCACCAUCAACCGUGCGUGGUGGUGAUCGGCUCACAUCUCUUACCAUAGAUCGGAAAAGACCAUUUUUUGUUGUUCUUUUUACGGUUCUUUACUUUGUGUAGAAUUGUAAAACAAUUACAAGCGAGACUUUUAAAUGGAAAAUUUUCUACCAUGAAGUCAGCUAGCUUUUAUUUCCGUCAUCAAAUGUUGUCGAAAAAAUAAGGAGGGCAGACCCCCAAAACAUACAAAUAUUCAGCAUCCUUUUGUAUUUUACUGUUUCCCAUUCUCAAAACAAUAUUUAGCUGUAAGAAUAUAAAAAAAGCGAGUGAGAUGGAUGUUCUAUAUGUAUAUUUUCCUACUUUUUAUGAAAAAAAAACAAACCUACGAAUUUCAACUAUUCCAAGAAUAGUGCCAUAACCGAAUGGAGCUCUGUGACCAGAGCGGCGACUCGAUACAGUUUGACUACAAUAUGUUUCAAAGCGAUUCGAAACGCUUUCAGAGAUAUCAUUAUAUAACUCAAUGUGCUUUAAAAUUUUGGUAUCAAGAGUAUCAAACCAAUUUGUGAAGAAGAUGAAAUGUUUUUGAUUUUCUUAUACAUAUGAUAUAAAAUAUAUCAUUCAAUUCCAAGCAAAGGUAGUUAGGUCAAAAGAUGAAAACGGAUGAAUUUUUACAAAAACUUAUUUUGAUUAAAUCAAAUUUAUAUUUCUCGUAGAACAUUGAUAUACUCAGAAUAGUAAAGCGAUUCCCCAGACACGAUGUUACGAAGCAGGUUUCAAUAAUUUUAUAAAGAAAAUCAUAUGCAUCCUGGAGAUAUACUACUAAUCGAUAUACUAAAAACUAUUACAAUUGUCGGUACUUAUUGAAAACAAACUGAAACUGAAGUUGACUUAUUUAGUGCAGAUCAAUUCUACUGGAUCUAAUUAGAGUGUCAAUUUGGAACGACCAACCUACGGUCCCGUAUUACCAACCAUUGCAAUUGAAUUAAAAUCAAUAGACGCUCGUUGUUGAACUCUAGUAAGGAAAUAGUAAAUUGCAUACCUGAUAAAAAGACGAUAAAACAUUAUAAAGCAUUAUUAUUCACAUAACCGAUAGUCUCUUGGUUGGACGCUAACGUGAUUUGACGCUCGGUCGAUUAGCAGAGGACAUUUUGUAGAAGUGUCAAUAGUCAACAAGCGACUCUGAAGCUUGUGCACAUCCAAACAAAACAAUGAAUUACAAACUCUUGUCAAAUUCAGUGAUGUAAAAGAUAUACGUCCAAAGAAUUCUUAAUUAUACACGAAAACAGUAACGGAUCUUAAGAACUACAUCAGUCCUACUCUUGAAAUACACAAACACACACACAUACGCGCGCGCAUGCACCACACCCACAAAAUAACACGAGAAUGCCUUUGUUGAGUUGAUGAAAGAAACCGAAACCAAACUGAAGCGGUCGGUCGGUCGGUCGUGAACAGCGGAGUAGGAUCGUCGCGCCGCCCGCACAGUCCAAAUGUGAAAUACAAAGAAAACCGUAAGCCAUCGCUACCCACAUCUCUAUCUAUCGAUACAAAAUAAACACAAAUUACAUUUAAUUACUACAAAGAGAAACUAAACUAAUAAUGGAAGAAAACAGACAAAUGACUCAUAAUAAAUGUUGUUGAUAUGAGAGAAACUUUAACUAGAAAGCAAACCAAAACGCGCGUCCCGUCGCUCCCCAAACACACACACAGUCUCACACAUUUCUGAGGUGUGUGAUCAUAAAAGAAGAACGUAAUUAGGGAGGAGCAUUUCCGACGAUAUCGGUUCCUUCCGUUCCGGAACGGAAUCGUACGCGCAGAAGAAGAUAAAACAAAUGAAAAUACAGCAUGCAACGUGUAAGAUUAAAUGUACUGUGCUUAUAUAUACAUAUAUAAAACAAAAACAAAACUUUGAACAAAGAAAAUUCCC